AUGGGAUGGUCUGCUGCCGCACUCUCCAACAUUCCAUCUCUUCGACGUCAAGUAAUAAACAUUCGCCGCUGGGAACCUUCCGACGCUCCUAAAAUUGCACGACUCUUUCACGAGACGGUUCGCACCGUCAACCUCCAAGACUACUCGUGGGCACAAGUACAAGCGUGGGCGCCCGACGAUUAUUUGGACUGUCGAGAUUGGGCGCAAGUGCAAGCCGAUCGGUUCACUGUGGUGGCAGAGACAAAAAAGAAUAAUGAUGGCUGCGUAUUAGUAGGAUUUGCGGAAUUGGAAACACAUAAUGGACACAUUGAUUGCUUCUACUGUCACAAGGACUAUCAGCGGAUGGGUGUGGGGCGAAAACUAUACAGUGCCUUGGAAGAAGAGGCUCGAUUGCACAACCACAAGCAGCUCUUGGUCGAAGCCAGUAUCACAGCAAAACCAUUCUUUGAACAAAUGGGAUUCUCCGUGACAACACCACAGACUGUCACGUGUCGAGGACAAUCCUUUCUCAAUUAUCAAAUGAUAAAGUCACUCAACAACAGCAAUCAACACAACAAUACAAGGACUGAAGACAAUGGCUGA